GACGGGACCGCGAACACAGGCCGUUCUGCGGGCGCCUCGGAUCCCAGCGGGACCCCCGCCCAGCAGUCUGCACACCCGGCCCGGCCCGACGCCAGCGAGCCCCGUCAGCAGUCCACCAUCAAUGCCCUCUCCUCCUCCCACAGGCAGCUCCCCACUCACGUGUCCCCCUCGGUGAGCCCAGUGGGUAGCAAGCAGCCACCAUGUUCAGCUGGCUGAAGCGGAGCGGGGCGCGGGGCCAGCAGCCUGAGGCCAUCCGCACCGUGACCUCGGCCCUCAAGGACCUCUACCGCACCAAGCUGCUGCCCCUGGAGGAGCACUACCGCUUCGGCACCUUCCACUCACCCGCGCUGGAGGACGCAGACUUCGACGGCAAACCCAUGGUGCUGGUGGCCGGCCAGUACAGCACGGGCAAGACCAGCUUCAUCCAGUACCUGCUGGAGCAGGAGGUGCCUGGCUCCCGCGUGGGACCUGAGCCCACCACCGACUGCUUCGUGGCAGUCAUGCACGGCGACACCGAGGGCAUAGUGCCUGGCAACGCCCUUGUUGUCGACCCUGACAAGCCCUUCCGCAAACUCAACCCCUUCGGAAACACCUUCCUCAACAGGUUCAUGUGCGCCCAGCUUCCCAAUCAAGUCCUGGAGAGUAUUAGUAUCAUCGACACCCCGGGCAUCCUGUCAGGUGCUAAACAAAGAGUGAGCCGUGGCUACGACUUCCCGGCAGUGCUGCGCUGGUUUGCCGAGCGCGUGGACCUCAUCAUCCUGCUCUUCGACGCCCACAAGCUGGAGAUCUCUGACGAGUUCUCGGAGGCCAUCGGCGCCCUGCGGGGCCACGAGGACAAGAUCCGCGUAGUGCUCAACAAGGCCGACAUGGUGGAGACGCAGCAGCUGAUGCGCGUCUAUGGGGCGCUCAUGUGGGCGCUGGGCAAGGUGGUGGGCACCCCCGAGGUCCUGCGAGUCUACAUCGGCUCCUUCUGGUCCCAGCCCCUUCUCGUGCCGGACAACCGGCGCCUCUUCGAGCUGGAGGAGCAAGACCUGUUCCGCGAUAUCCAGGGCCUGCCGCGCCAUGCCGCUUUGCGCAAGCUCAACGACCUGGUCAAGAGGGCCCGGCUGGUGCGGGUGCACGCGUACAUCAUCAGCUACCUGAAGAAGGAGAUGCCCUCCGUGUUUGGGAAGGAGAACAAAAAGAAGCAGCUGAUCCUCAAGCUGCCCGUCAUCUUUGCUAAGAUUCAGCUGGAACAAAAUAUAUCUCCCGGGGACUUCCCUGAUUGCCAGAAGAUGCAGGAGCUGCUGAUGGUGCACGACUUCACCAAGUUCCACUCAUUGAAGCCAAAGCUGCUGGAGGCGCUGGAUGAGAUGCUGACGCACGACAUUGCUAAGCUCAUGCCCUUGCUGCGGCAGGAAGAGCUGGAGAACACCGAGGUGGGUGUGCAGGGUGGUGCCUUCGAGGGCACCCACAUGGGCCCCUUCGUGGAACGGGGGCCCGACGAGGCCCUGGAGGAUGGCGAGGAGGGCUCGGAUGAGGACGAGGCAGAGUGGGUGGUGACCAAGGACAAGUCCAAGUACGACGAGAUCUUCUACAACCUGGCACCUGCCGACGGCAAGCUGAGUGGCUCCAAGGCCAAGACCUGGAUGGUGGGCACCAAGCUGCCCAACUCUGUGCUGGGCCGCAUCUGGAAGCUGAGUGAUGUCGACCGCGACGGCAUGCUGGACGACGAGGAGUUUGCCCUGGCCAGCCACCUCAUCGAGGCCAAGCUCGAGGGCCAUGGGCUGCCCACCAACCUGCCCCGCCGCCUUGUGCCACCCUCCAAGCGGCGCCACAAGGGCUCUGCUGAGUGAGCCGCCCACUGGCCCUCCCUCCCACCCUGCUGUGGCUCCCCAGCUCUGGUCAGCUGCACGCACACCUCCUCCCUGGCCCACAUGCCCCCCGCCUGCCCACCCUGCCCAACUGUAAGGACCAGGGGGUCUCCCUACCUCCCACUCCCAGACACCCAUGUCCUAGCAUCUAGUGGGGACCAGAGGAGGGGCAAGACCUCUCUGCCCACCCUUCCUGUCCUUGCACCUCCACCCUCACGUACAUUUAGGCACAUCACACCCACACCAGCACACACACAGAUACAUACACACAGGCAGCCAUCUAUUCCUCAGUCAUUCACAUAUUUAUUGAGCACCUACUCUGUGCCGGGCCCUGUUCUAAGUGCUGGGGAUUAGAGCAGAGAACAAAAUAGACAAAUGUGUCUGUCUGGUGGAGCUGAGAUUCUCAGGAAGAGAGGGCGCCAUCAUAAACACACACACACACACACACACACACACACCAGGGUGACCCUGGUGCAGCUGAGAUUCUCAGGAGAAGAGGGCGCCAUCAUAACUACACACACACACAUCCCUAACCAGUGUGACCCCCUUGCCUCUCUGCACCAAUGAGCGGCUACUUGGUUGAAAUGACUAACAAGCAAGCCCUCCUGACCCAUUCAAGGACCACCCCACCCCAUCCUCAGGCCUCGGGACCACUGGGGGUGCUCAGAGAGAAGACAAAACCUCCUACUCCCUCAGCUCGCCAUCUUCAGCCCCGCUCCCAGCUCAGGACCGCCCCCCGAACCUGGCCACACCCAUCUCUCCACUAAGGAUCCCGCUGUCCACAGAAAAACCCCGUCAGUCAUUGUUCCCCUGCGGCUGCCCACCCCUUAAAGUUCUUUCGGCCUUCCGCCCCACCUGGCCUGGACUGAAGCCCAGCGCGUCCCCGCGGCUCCUCUGCAGGCUCCCACAGCUGCUGGUCCGAAUUUUAGAAUGCUAGGACACAGCCUCUUGGCCCACUGUCAGUCCAUAUUUAAGUAGAGUCCUUCCCUGAUACAAGGUCCCGGCCUAUAUUUUAGCCCCCUUUUCAGGAAUGUCAUGGGAGGGUAGGGUUUCUUGGUGCUACAGCCCUCCCCCUCCCUAAAGGGACUUCUCAGCCCCCACGCUUUUUCCUGCCUUCACUACGUAUUAGUGCUUGAGCCUGGCGGAGGAACCCCGUGGAAAAUUGGGGAGAAGAGAAGCGGGGACCCUGCCCCGUCCAGGUUGCUCACGGGGACUCCCACGUCCACUGUGGACCCUCACCCCAUGGCCAGGAGGGGCCUGUGAACGAAUCGUGUCCCCACAGAGCAAUAAAACCAAGGCUUCUUCUCA